CUCCUCACUUCCUCCUUGCCGAUGGCGUUUGCGCUCGGCUUGUCGCUCUUCAUUUGUGGAAUCAGCCAACUGUUCAGUGGAGCGUGUGCUCAGAGUGGACCAUCAUUCGCACAUCAGCUGUGCCCUCCUGGUUGGAUUCAGGUGAAAAAUCGCUGUUUCACCUUACAAAAUCAAGCUCUGUCCUUUGCUCAAGCUCAGAACAAAUGCAAGAGUUUCAAUUCGAAUUUGGUGUCCAUUCGGCGGGAACUGGAACGCGGAGUGGUCAACGCGCUCAUUGUCGAGGCCCCUGAUGUAAACCAAGCCUGGAUUGGACUGUCCAUAAAUAACACGAACUCAGUUUGGACUGACGAGUCGGACACAACAUUUGCCAACACCCAAAUAAGUAACGCAACCGUGGACGGCUGUGUAUUAACUCGGGCAACUGGUUGGGAAGUCGCCAAUUGCAGCAGGCCACUGCCCUACGUUUGUUCCAGAAAUGUGUUCGACUGUUUCUCAAUUUGCAGACUGGAGACAAACGACACCUCUCCUGUCGGAAUCGCUCCGAUUGGCAUUGGUGGCCCCGGUUCUCCCGCCUUUGAUAUCACCAGUUUGUUAGUUUGAUUGUCUUGGUAUUGUCUCAAUUCCUCAACUCCACGCAGAGAACAUGUACUUUUUGCAGCACAGUAUUUUAUUAGAGAGCUUUUUAGUUGCAGACACUGUUUUCGACUGAC